GCCAAAACAAUCGACACACAACCGAAUCUCGUCACAGAGAUCCUCAGUCCUGACCUGAAGGAGCACAGUAAAAAUGUUGUAAGGAACAGGAAGUUCUUACGAGGGAAAAAAAAGUUCAAUAUGGACCCAAACAAGGGGGUUCAGUUCCUGGUAGAGCACGGUCUACUGGAGUGGCAAGCGGAGUCUGUGGCUGAGUUCCUUUAUAAAGAGGAAGGACUGAACAAAACUGCCAUUGGGAACCUCCUGGGAGAAAGGGAGGAGCUGCACUUGGAGAUCCUGAAAGCAUUUGUGGAUCUGCAUGAGUUCUCAGAUCUGAACCUGGUGCAGGCGCUCAGGCAGUUUCUGUGGAGCUUCCGCCUGCCGGGAGAAGCUCAGAAGAUUGACAGGAUGAUGGAGGCGUUUGCAGCUCGUUACUGUGCCUGUAACCCAGGUGUCUUCAAAUCUACAGACACUUGCUACAUCCUGUCAUUCUCCAUCAUCAUGCUCAACACGAGCCUCCAUAACCCAAAUGUGAAGGAGAAGCCGAGCCUGCAGAGAUUUGUCUCCAUGAACCGAGCAAUCAACAGUGGGGAGGACUUGCCCAUCGAGCUGCUCACGAAACUUUAUGCUAGCAUCCGCAGCGAGCCGUUCAAAAUCCCUGAGGAUGAUGGGAAUGACCUCACGCUUACGUUUUUCAACCCGGACAGAGAAGGAUGGCUGCUGAAGAACGGAGGCCGAGUUAAAACCUGGAAGAGAAGAUGGUUCAUUCUAACUGACAGCUGUCUGUACUACUUUAAAUACACCACAGAUAAAGACCCAAUUGGGAUCAUCCCUCUGGAGAACCUGAGUGUGAGGAAGCUACAGGACACCAGCAAACCGUACUGUCUGGAGUUAUAUAACCCUAAAGGACUGAAGAUUAAAGCCUGUAAGACAGAGAACAAAGGCAGAGUGGUUCAGGGGAAACAUCAGUCCUACAUGCUGAGUGCAGGCAGUGAAGACGAACGAGACGACUGGAUCGACGCCAUCAGGUCGAGUAUGGCUAAGGACCCUUUUUACGACUUGGUGUCUGCACGCAAGAGGAAGCUCAUAAACACCUCGCCAUCAAAGGACUGAAACACAAACUACCACUGACAAUGGAGCCUGAGGGGUCUGUGCAACAUUAAUCCUGUGGAUUAAUUAGAUUAUUAGCUUUUUUGUUAAUAGAGAUUAUGGUAAAGGUCUUUAGAGCAGCUCCUCAGGAAAGACACAAAUCCAAGAUAAAUAUCAAAAAUGAACACAAAAGGAUAAAUUAUAUGACAUUCAUACACUUAGACACACAAAUAAGGCACAAAGGUCCCAGUGCUCAUUCAUUAAUGCUUGAGAUUAUUCAGGUACAAAAAAACAGAAUUUACUCACACACU